AUGGAAAUUUGUAAUUCAGAUGAUAGUGAUGAUGUUUUACAAAGAUUGUCAAAGGAAGAAAUUUAUACUAAAUACCAAAAUGAAAUCAUUCAAAUAAAAAAAGAAAAUGAAGAACUACAUAAUAAAGAAAAGAUUUGGGAGGAAAAAUUUAUUGACCAGCAGCGCUUAUAUGAACAUUCUGAAAGACAGGAGUUGUUGAAUAAGAAUAAAGAACUACAAGAAGCAGAAUCAGUAAUUAUCAACCAAAAAGAAAAAAUUCACAUAUUAAAUGCUCAACAAAAAGAUGAAGUUGAAGCUUUGCAGAAAACACUUCAAAGUAAUAAACAUGCAUUAGAUGCAAUGAAAAAAACCUUAGACAAUGAAAAGGCAUUUAGAAUUUGUGCCGAUCAAGAAAAAACAAAUCUUAAAGAACAGAUAAAAUGUAAUACAAUAAAAUACAAGUCUUUAGAAAAUGAAAACAAAAAGUUACAAAAUGAUAAAUUAAAAUUAGAAGAAGCCCAAAGUAAAAUUAAACAACAAUGUAAUGAAUUAUUACAGAAAAAUAUAUCAUUAGAAAAUCACUGUGAAAAAAGGGAACAAGUAUUUGAUGGUCAAACAAAUUUAAUCAACAAAUUGGAAAACAAUAUUACUGUAAUAAAUGAAAAGUUAAAUAAUUAUGUAGAAACCGAAGAAGAAAAUAAUAAAUUACGAAAACAAAUAAAAUUGUUUUCUAAACAAAUGGAAACUUAUGAAAAUGAACGAGAAGUAUAUGUACAAAGAUUACAAAACAUGCAGAAAGAAGAAAAUGUGUUCAAAUGUAUUAUAAACGACUUAAAGCAAGAAAUAGAUGUCAAAAAUAAUGAAAUCAACAACCUUACCGAAAACAGUACUAUUUUAAAUUCAAAAAAUUCAUUAUUAUCUUCUAAUCUAAAUAUUUUACAGGAUAACUUCACCAAUUGUCUAAAACUUUUAGAUGAAUUGUUUGAAAAUUAUGUAAAACAAAAUUCAAAAAUAGAGAAUAAUAAAUUACCUUUAAAAAUGAGGCCCUUACUAAAUGAAACAUUUGAAUUGUUUGAACACACUUUAACAGAAUAUAAAUUAUUUAAAUUAUCAUCUGAAAUUUCUGAGAAAACUUUAAAAGAUGAAAUUAACCAAAAAGAAAAAACUAUUUUAUCAUUAGAAGAUAAAAUGGAUAACUACAAACAGGAAAUCUUUAAAAAUGAAAUUACUAACCUUAAUUAUUCUGAAAGAAAGAACUCUACGGAGAACUCAAAUCUUAAGCAAACUCUAAAUGAGAACAUAGACAAUAGUCUACUAAUCAUAAAUGUUGAACUUGAGAAAAACUUAAAAUAUCUUUAUACAAUUAAGAAUGAAAUAUUACCAAAACAAAAACUUUUAGUAUCUGAAUGCAUGGAAUUUAUGUUAAAAAAAAUUGAAGAAAUUGAAAAUUUAAAUAUUUCCAAAAAUAGUUUUAUUGAAAAUGUACAUACACAAAUUAUAACUUUGAAAAAAGAAAUAGUGUGCAAAAAUAUAAACAUUAAAGAACUGAAAACAGAAGUAUUAAAUCUUAGAGAAUUACUAAUAGCAAAAGAUGCAUUGUGUAAUGAGAUGGAUAUGGAAUUACAACACUUAAAAGAAAAUUUAGAUGAUUCAAGCACUACAUCAAUUAGUAAAGGUGACAAUAUUUAUAAAAUGCGUGAAAUAGAUGAAAGUCAAGAAGACCGUUCACAAAAGUUAAAAGCCAUUGCUAUAAAACAAAAAAAACAAAUAGCCGAUUUAAAACAGUCCAUUGAAAAUGAAAUCAAGAAGCAUAGUUUAGAAAAAAGUGAAUUAAUGAAUAAGGUCAUAGCCUUAGCUGAACAAGGCAAACUUGCUCGAUGUUUACAACAACAAUAUGAUAUUAAAUGUGAUGAGUAUGAUAUUAAAUGUGCAGAAAUAAAAGAAUUAGUUAAAAAAUGUAAUCAAGAGGAAAAUCAGCUAUUAGAACAAACAAAGCUAUGUACCAUAUUAAAAUCGGAUAUUGAAAUUUUAAAGAAUGACCUAUCACUAGCUCAAAAUACUAUAACUAGUUUAAUAGAAUCAGAAAAAUCUUUAACUUCAAGACUUGAUAUUUUUAAGCAAGAAAAAUCAGCUGCUGAAAUACUUAAAACAGAUCGAGAAGCAUCUAUAAAAGAACUUUCAAAUAAUUUAAAAGUUUCAAAGGAAAAAAUUAAAUCCAUGGAAUCUGAAUUGGAUAAAUUAAAAACAGAAAAACAAAAAAUUAAUAUUCGUGACCUCGAAUUAAAUUCUUAUGAAAAAACUUUAGACGAACUAUCACAAAAAGUGAAAGAAGAAAAGCAACAUAGUCAGAAUCUAGAACAGGAACUUUCUAAUGCCAACAAUGUUAUUGAUUCUUUGCAUGAACAAAUUAAACAUUUGGAACAUAUUAUUAUUACCGAACAAGAAAGAAAUAAACAGAAUUUACAUCAAGUAGAAGUGUGUAGAAUAGGGUUGAAUAACGCUGAAUCAUUAUUGAAUGAAAAAGAAAAUAGUUUAAUAGAAUGCCAAGUAGCUUUAAAUCAAGAAAAUAUAUUAAAUGCAAAUUUGACCAGUAAAUAUGAUGAGUUACAAAAACUAUAUGAAACUGAAAAAGAAAAUUAUCAAUUGCAACACUCACAGCUAACUGAAAAAAUUCGGCGAAUGCAAGUGGAAAUAAAAACUGCUAAUGAAUCUAUUUCAAAGUACACAGAAGAAAAUCAAAGUUUACUCGAUGAGUUUGAAGCAUAUAAAGUAAGAGCUCAUAGUGUUUUUCAAAAACACAAACAAGACACUGUGUUUCAUGGGAAAGUUGCAGAAUUAAGUGAACAAUUACAAGAAGUUACCAAAACUUUAAAUCUCUCAAAAAACAAUUUACAGAGUGUGUCGUCAGAAUUAUCGAAUAAAAAUACAGAAAUGAUUUUGUUACAAAAAGAAAUAGAUAAAUAUGAAAAGAAAUUAAGUUAUUUGACAAAGACCAUAUCAACAAAAGACAAAGAAAUAUAUCGUUUGAGUAAUGAAAUUGAAAAUAUUAAAUCCUUAAUGGAAAAAGAGAAGACAUCUUUAAACGAAAAUAUAUUGAGCGAACGAUUAGCACAUGAAAAUGAAAUUAACAAACUACAACAAGAAAUCAUUUUAGCUAAAGAAACAAAUGCCAAUGAAACAGAGUCAAACAUUGUGUCACCUGUUAUCGAAAAUAAACUUAAAAAAUCAACUUCAUCAAAUCAUAUUCAUGAUGAUGAUGAAAUGUUUUCAGAUUUUGCAAGUUCGAAUGAAUCAGUUCGAAAAAUCAGCAAAUCAACACUUAUGCCUUUGGCGGAUCUGUUAUCGUUUGAUAAUAAUAGUGUUAGUGACCCAAUUAGUGAAUUGAACACUAGUCAAAAACAAUUGAAACAAUUAACUAUGAUGUUAAAUGAUGCUGAAAAAAAUUGUUCUCGAUAUGAACAACAAAAUAAAUUUCUUAAAGAAGAUAUUAGACGAUUGCAGCGUAGUGUUGACAGACAUGCUGAAAUACAAAAUAUGGAAUAUUUAAAAAAUAUAAUUUUAAAGUUUGUAACUUUGUCAAGUGGAGUAGAAAAAUAUCACUUAGUACCAGUGAUAAACAAACUGCUCAAACUUAGUCCGGAUGAGCAGAAGCAAAUAGAGACUAUUGCUAAAGGAUCACUUGCAGACCAAAACUCAAGCUGGUCUAGUUUAUUUACUUGGUCACAAGGAACUUAG